AUGGUAGCAGUAGCUGGAUCUAGCAAGGUACCUUCAACAAAACGGCGAGCUAGCGAAAGUGCUGCUGUUGACGCAAGCAGCAGCAACAAACGAACACAAGAACAGCAACAACAACAAGCUGGCCAACGUUCACCCAAAAGCUCACAAACGGUGCUGAAAUACUAUAUCCAAUUCUUAUCGUCGUUUGAGCAACGAGAAGUCCGCAAGUUUGAACAUAUUUACUUUAUGGGACCACAUGCCAAAAAGAUCAAGGGGAAGCCUGACGACCCAGUGUUGAACCACGGCUAUGACGAUGAGCGCGGCGAUUAUCAUUUGGUGAUGCAGGACCAUUUGGCGUACAGAUACGAAGUCUUGGAUACGUUGGGUCAAGGCUCUUUUGGACAAGUCGUCAAGUGUUUGGAUCACAAGACGGGACAAACGGUGGCUAUCAAGUUGAUCCGGAAUAAGAAGCGGUUCCAUGCGCAGGCCAUGACGGAAGUCAAGAUUCUCAAGGAAUUGGUCGAAUGGGACCCUGAGGAUCAGUUCCACAACAUUCGAAUGACAGAUUUUUUCUAUUUCCGAAACCAUUUGUGCGUGGCAUUCGAGUGCCUCAGCAUGAACCUGUACGAGUUCAUCAAGAGUAACAACUUCCAGGGCUUUAGCUUAAGUUUAAUUCGAAGAUUUACCAUCCAGAUCCUGCAGUCGUUGUGCUUGCUGUAUGAGCACAAGGUGAUUCACUGUGAUUUAAAGCCAGAGAACAUCCUGUUGAAACAUCCGUCGAAAAGUACCAUCAAGGUGAUUGAUUUCGGUAGCAGCUGUCUGGACAGUGAACGAGUCUACACGUACAUUCAAAGUCGAUUCUACCGUGCACCUGAGGUUAUUUUGGGCAUGACGUAUGGCCUCCCUAUCGACAUGUGGAGUUUGGGCUGCAUCUUGGCUGAGCUGUACACCGGCUAUCCCAUUUUUCCAGGAGAGAGCGAGCAAGAACAACUUGCGUGUAUCAUGGAAGUCAUCGGUGUUCCCGACCGCUACCUGAUUGAAAGAAGCUCUCGGAGAAGAUUGUUUUUUGAUUCGUCUGGCAAUGCACGCAUUAUUCCCAAUUCCAGGGGUAAAAAGAGACGACCUGGUACCAAGUCCGUUAUGCAAGCACUGCGAUGCCAUGAUCGCUUGUUUGUUGACUUUAUUGAACGAUGUCUUCGUUGGGAUCCUGAUCGCAGAAUGCGUCCACAUGAAGCGCUACGACACGACUGGAUCAAACAAGGCAUGCCAAUGACUGCAAGCACUUCAGCUGGCACCACCCACCAACAUCGGUCCAGACACCAUUCGACACCAAAAAUAGCAGCGGGGUAA